CUUCAGAUCAGGGAUCCGAGCGCUGGCUGGCGUCAGGGCACUCUCGGCCAGAUGGCAGAUUCCCGCCCAGAUCCUGAGUCAGAGCCCGAUUCGGUGUUCCCACGUGAGGUCGGGCUCUUCGCCGACUGCUACUCGGAGAAGAGCAGGUUCUGCUUCUGUGGGCACGUGCUGAAUAUCACGGAGAACUUCGGGUCCCGCCUCGGGGUGGCAGCGCGUGUGUGGGAUGCGGCUCUAAGCCUUUGCAACUAUUUCGAGAGUCAAAAUGUGGAUUUCCGAGGCAAGAAAGUGAUCGAAUUGGGCGCGGGGACUGGUAUCGUGGGAAUCUUGGCAGCGCUGCAGGGGGGGGAUGUUACCAUCACUGACCUACCCCUGGUUCUAGAACAGAUCCAGGGCAACGUCCAGGCCAAUGUGCCCCCUGGAGGCCGGGCCCAGGUCCGCGCCUUGUCCUGGGGGGUUGACCAGCAUGUCUUCCCUGGAGACUAUGACCUGGUGCUGGGGGCUGAUAUCGUGUACCUGGAGCCCACCUUCCCACUGCUGCUGGGGACCCUCCGACAUCUGUGCGGGCCCCAUGGCACCAUCUAUCUGGCCUCCAAGAUGAGAGAGGAGCACGGGACAGAGAGCUUCUUUCAGCAUCUCCUGCCCCAGCAUUUCCAACUGGAGCUGGCCCAGCGGGAUGAGGAUGAAAAUGUCAACAUCUAUAGGGCCAGGCACAGGGGACCAAGACCUGCUUAACAUCACCCUUCUGCCUCUCUGAACCCCUCGUUCUCAUGAAGGAACUGCCAUAUCUCCAGAGCCAUAAACAUAAGGACCAAAAAAAGAUGGAUCUCCCUUGCCUGUCUUUCCUCCUUCCCUCAUUGUUUCCUGAGAGCCUCUUGGGAAGUUGCAGGGAGGUGCCACUUGUCAGGGAUACUAGAGCCCUUGCUGUGUGGGCUAGAGUGCAAAGGAAAUUCCCAGUUCCUGUUCUCAACAGAGGAAGAUGAGAGGGCAGCUAGGAUUUUAGGGGAAGGGGAGGUUAGGUGGGAUGUAAACAGUGGCUGCAGAGAGACUGUCGUGAUCCUGUCUGUCCUGCCAUUGUCUUUUUAUACAGAAUGGAUUAUUUUUUCCAGAUUCGAUUGGAAGUUUUUUUUAAAGGAAAAUAAGCAUUAAAGAUCUCUCCUGCAUCCAGAGAACAUAGGCUUUUGCUGGGGGGCACUGGGAAGCAAGAAACUUCAGACCACCCACUUCUUGCUUCUAGAGAUAGUCUGGUGGAACUGUGGCUCUAACUGGGUCAAGUCUUCCUAGCCCUGAAGUUGGGGUUAGGCCGCAGAGCUGUCCUUUGGACUGUAGCUCCUUCAGUCUUUUUGGAGUUGGAGUCCUGAUCACCAAGUUCCAGGUUCUCUUUGAUUUUUUUUUUGUACCUUUCCAAGCCCUGUCAGUCCUUCCUUCCUAAUGCGCUUUGCCCUCACCUCUUUUCUUCUCCCACUAUGGGGCCUCUGGUCCUCUCUUGACUUACUCCUUGGGUCACACAUCACCUCCUGUGGUCUCCUAGCCUCCAUUCACUCCCAUUCAAACUGUUUUGUAAACUCUUGUAAUCUUCCACAAUCAGAUCCGAUUAGCUUCUGCUGCUGCCAACAGAAGCAAGAAUAAGCUCUUCUGGUUGGUACUCAGUGUAUCCCAUGUGAUCCCAAAAAAGUGAAGUCGCUCAGUCGUGUCCCACUCUUUGGGAUCCGAUGGACUGUAAUCUACCAGGCUUCUCUGUCUAUGGGAUUUUCCAGGCAAGAGUACUGGAGUGGGUUGCCAUUUCCUUCUCCAUGUGAUCCCAAAUUACCCUUCUAUUUCAUUUCCUACUGGUUUCCUACAUGUGUUCUAACCUCUGGCCAAAUUACAAAAGUCUACUCUUUGUUUCCUAGACCCACACCAAAAUUCUCUGACUUCUUCCUUCAUUCUGAUGAUUCCCUGCCUGGGUUAUAUUUCUACCUCUCAAAAUCUUCAUUGCUCUUAGCCUGUCUCUUGAAAAAAGCUUUAUCUGAGCCUCCUGUUUGAAUAUGAUUUUUCUCCUGUGAGACCCUUUCUUUGUCUCCUGGGGUUUAUUUACCUUGUCUUGUGUGAUCUUUGUCUGCUCCCUAUUUCCUCACCAUCAGAUCACCUUAGAGGGUAGGGCUAUAUGGUUCCAGGCACACAUCAAAUAUUUCUGCUUGUUCAACAAAUAAUUUACUCGGUUUGUUGGAGGGACACCCUUCCUCCUCCCUAGGUGACCUUGGUCAAACUUCUAAACCCACUCUCCUAUCUCACAAGUUUGUCAGUGAGCCAUAAAUGGAUACAGAAAUAAGCAUUGGAAAUAAACAUAAAGUCUUACCACGUG